UGACUUUGUGCUUCAAGGGGCAGCACUGAUUUCGUUUACUGAAGUGUUGGAUGGCUGCUUCGGGUGUCUUCAGAGGUGACUUCCAGUUAGAAAUGAAACUACUGUGAAUCAAAGAAGGCAUGAAGGUUCAGAAAAUACUCAUCUUUCUGUUUCAUUUGUAUGCUGUAGUUUCAGGUCUUGAAGAGGUAACAGGGCGAUUUUUCGAAGAUUGUAUCCUUCCUUGCUCUUUUGCACGUGCUGAAGGUGAAGUAAUUUACUGGAAGAAAGGGAACAAAAAUGUGCACAGCUACUACUAUGGGAAGGAUCAGCUAGAACGUCAAGACUCUGAAUACAAGGGGAGAACAUCCCUUUUUCAUGAGCAAAUUCCCAAUGGAAAUGCCUCCUUAAAACUGAGUAAACUGAGCCUGAGUGAUGACGGCUCCUACAGCUGCUAUGUGGGGACAAAUCAAGAUAAAACAGAUGUGAAAGUCAGGCUGCACGUAACAGUUUCCCCAUCUUAUGCAAUGGAAUAUGAAAAACGAGACACAGAGAGACUGUUGAAAUGUCUUGCCUUUCAUAUUUAUCCCGAGCCAAACAUAACGUGGUCAAAUGAUAAUACAUCUGUGCAAAACACACAAAUGGAAGUAACCCAAGAUGGCCCUCUCUAUUCAGUUAGAAGUGAGAAGAACAUUGCAAACAAAGUUUCUUCUUACCAGUGUCAUGUUCAAUUUCACAACCAAAACUGGACUGCUGAAUGGAAAGUGGAAGAUCAGAUUUUUAAAAAGGAAGGAGAUACCGUUUCAAUCCCAUGUGAAUUUAUGGCUCAAGGAUCUCCAUAUACUAAAGACUUCAUAGUUACUUGGACAAUAAUCAGAAAUGCAUCUACCUUGGUUCUGGCAUCCUCUGCUAACUCAUCACAACCCCCUGAACAGUUUAAAACUCGAUUCUCUUGGGAGAAAAUCAAUGAACAGGACUACUCAGUAAUCAUAAGGGAUCUUACUCUGGCAGACAGUGGAGAAUACAUGUGCAAUAUUUCAACACCACACUAUACACAACUCACUGUAAGAAUUUUGCAAGUUGAAAAAUCCUCACAUUACUACUGGAUAGCUAUAGUGCUGCUGAUCCUUAUCAUUGCCUUUGUAUGCUGGGCUGUGAAGCGGAGAAGAACGGUGUGCAGAAGAUCGGGGGGGAGCCUAUAAGAGAGCAAAGAUUAAAUGGCUGCAUAUGGACAGUUUACAGUGUAAUGAAGGAGAAGAUUUUGCAACAUAUGCUCAGAGUCUUGAGCAGUAUUUUUAUGCACAUGCUAUUUCUUAACAUUGUUUGUGUAAAACCACUUUUGUAACGCUUAAAAGUUUUCCUCAAGAACCUGAUGAACUGGAAUAUAAGGACAUAAAAGAGAUUCUAAGAAGCAUUUUGAGCCUCUCAAUGUUUUUAAUAAAAGGAUAUGUUUCACUUCAGAAACCAGAUAGAAGGGGAAAGUAUCUCUGAAUUUUUGGCAACCCUGAAAAAAACUGUCCACUACUCAUUGUUUUGGUAAUGUUCUGAAGGAGCUCUCAGAUGAGUCUGAAUUAAGAGAGGUUGUUGGAUGUUGUGUGUCACAAGGAACUGCCACUAGAUGAAGACUGCUCUAUUUGAAUCCACACAAAAAAGUGCACCGAAAUUUGAAAAUAAAUUGGCCUCAUCAUGCCAGGCUGGAAACAUGGCCUCAGCAGUGGAUUAAAGAAACACCACCACCAGUUCAAACCUCUCACAGGAGCCAAACAGAACAGAGGGAACCCUAUUUCUGCUGUUUAGUGACACCACACCUGCAGGAGCAGCAUUUCCUUAAUAAGCUGCAGAGCAAGAAGUGUUUGAAGAAGGGACAUGCCAAUGGGCAGGCCACAGUGCACCAGACCCAAAAGGAAGCCACCAGUGUCUACAUGUAGGAGCUACCAUCCUAGUUAGGUGCCUGUCAGCUUCGAAUGAAAGGAUGCGUGAGCUAUACCAUUUCACAGAACUGUAUGCGGUGGGAAAGGACAGACAUAUUAUCCCCUAUAUUAUGUUAAUGUAAAGGUAAAUGACGUGAUAUACAGGAGUGGCCAUGUCUGUGAUCUCUGGGGGUGGGAAGGUGGUUAGCAAAAAAAAAAAAAAAAAUUCCUGGGUUAAGAGCAAGAGAAACUAAUGUGCUUUGAUAGCUUUACAAUUAGGGGCAGAAAGGAGUGUUAGGCAGCCUCCCUGUCACUGUAGUUUAGAUAGAUAUCUGUUCACCAUUAGAGUUAAUAGUGAGUGAAGGAAAUGCCCCCUCCCCACCCCCCCAUUGAUGGGCAUAAACUGGCUAUACAGAUUUAAAUUGGAUUGGAGUGUGAUGCACCACAUGCCAGAAAGAGUGAGGGAACUGAAAAAUACAAAGCUGUGGGCUCAGAAAGAGGCAUAACCGUGAGGCUGGUUGUGACAAGGCCUACGUUUCUGAAUGUUAGACAUGUGCCAUAUGCCCUGUGCAGGAGCCUGUGGAGAAACAAACAGUGACAAGCCCCCAACAUAAACUUCCCAGUUUUUUAUGCCAAGGGCAGUGAUGGUACAAAAUUACAGGGGAGGGAUGAAGUGAGGGGGAAAACGUGGUAAAGAAGAUAUUGGACCUAAUGGCACAUUUACUCGAGAUAAUGAAGAGGUACAUUGACUAACUCAGUAUGAUUACAGAAUGUGGCCCCUGAAGCAAGAAGAGAUUGUUUGGGUUUUUGUUGGCUGGAAGAGGAAGAAUUGGUGCUGGAAGAUGGUGGCCAAAAGAGGAAAAGUGCUCCUGCUGGCACGAGGACAAAGUUUGGAUGGCCCUUUCUUUCCCUGACAGGUACCACUGGCCACAGCCUGCAGCAAAAUGGCAGACCCUGCUGUAAGGUUAAACUUGUAAUUUGGUUUUUAUGGUUGUGUUUAUUAAUUAAGGAAUUUACAGGGGAGGACUGUGGUGUUUUGAGGACUGUGUUGGAAUUGCAAACUAUUGGUUUAAGAGCAGGGUGAGGGUGAUGCUCUUGUCCUGCCUUACCGUAUAAGGGGGCUCUGUAGCAAAGCAUGAGAGUGGCUUGGAGUCACUUUGAAAAGAGCUAGCUUAAAGCAAGGUGGGGAGAGUUGGGCCUCCCUGCUUUAGGGAGCAGCCUGUUUUCCUUCCUCUCAGUGUUUGGGUUUUUGUGUUGUCGUUCAGGGUUCUACAAAACACUGUUAUGCUGCAACCUUUCAGCAACAGGAUCUGUGUGUUUUAGCUACUUCCCUGUGCGUAGGCUGUGCACAUAACAGAAAUCAGGCUUGGAUUUCUGAGCAAGAAAACUGUCUGCUGCUGUUUGCUCCUACUAUAUUCAGGGAAACAGGACGUUGGACCACACUGCUUAGAAUUCAGAAUGAUAGCACAUAAACUGCAAACCAACCCUAGUAUCAAUAGCAGUGUGGCUGUGGAAGCAGCGGAGUAGAAACACUCCUGAAAUUGAAGGGUACAUGCUCAGCUGUCCACUCUACCCCAGCUACACUGCUAUUUAUAGUGGCACUAGCUCUCUUUUAAGCUACUGCAAGGAUGUAUAUGUGAGCAGGGGAAUCACACCCCUAACUUGUAGUGUAGAUUAGCCAGAGAAAGAGAAAACAGGCGGCUUGCCGAGGGCAGGUCUACACUUAAAACGGUGCAGCUGCACCGCUGUAGUGCUUUAGUGAAGAGAGUUCUUCUGUUGGUGUAGUUAAUCCACUUUCCCGAGAGGGCAGUAGCUAUGUUGGUGAGAGAAGCCCUCUCGCUGACCGAAUGCUGUCUACAAUGGCACUAUGUCGCUAACGUAGUUCUACCAAAGUAAUUCUGCAGUGUAGACCCGACCUUGCUUUAAGGUGGUGCUUUCCAGACUGCCUGUGGGAAGGUUGCCAUGCAUUGCUAAAGAGCCCCUUAGCCUGUAAACAGGACAAGGGAACCACUCAGCCCUAUCCCCCACGCUCCCACUUUUACACUGAUCGUUUACAAUUCGAACACUGUCAUCAAUAUAACCCUGUCAGGCCUGUGCCCCAAAGAAGGUCUCUUUCUUAGCUUCCUCCCAGGGCCACGUUCACUGCUUCAUUCACUUUCUGGGCCAAUCUGCUUCUGACACACACAGACACACUGGCAGCUCCAUCACUCAAUCCCCUGAUUUUUGUAAUCAGUCCCAGGGGAACCCCUCUUGUUCUGCCUGAGUUACUUCUUUCUCAGGCCUUCCCAUGAAGUCUAAUGCCUUGGGAGGUGGCUUGUAUUGUUUCAGCUCUCCCUAAACCAAGGGACAUUUAAUUGUUCCCUCAUUUAAUGGGGAGGUGGGUGGACGAGAAGACCCCAGAGUGUUUCUCCAUCCUUGUCAUCUAUGAUUUUACUGCACUUGGCUAAUAACAGUGGAGAAUGCUUGCUUCUUCAAUGAGACCUAUAUGGGCAUUUUUGUUGUCGUUCCCAUGCCAAUUGACUAAUUUUAUAUAUCACGAAGUGUGGUAAACAUUGUAUUUGUUUUGACUUUCAGGACACAAAUAAUCAAGGAAAGAGUCUCUUGGAAGACUGUGAAAAGCAAACUUGCUCAGGAGAGGCAGAAUAGUUGUCUGAGGUUUCAAAUAAAUAGAAACUUAGAACCAAGGCAAAUUCUUUGCAUUCACUUUUAGGUACGAUGUGUACAGUUGCACUAGGAAACAAAAACAAGGAAACACUUUAGCUGCACUGAACUAUUAGCAACAGAACAAAACAUAAAAAGAUGGUUGAAAAGAGAGGAGUAGCUUGUGAGUGUUUUCAUACAGACUCACUCUGGCAUGCAGAAAAUGUGACUGAAGUAGGUGUACUCAAAAACUGGCGCAGUUCUCAGGAAAAAUGUUUGUCCAUGCAGCAAAACAGCAAGAGAAGGCUCAGUGUCAUGGUACACUGUAUAUUUGUAAAUACUGACAUUAACUAAGCCCCUUGUGGUAAAUCUGUCUUAAAAAUAGUUGUUAAUUAGUGCUAAUUAAAUGUACUAGGACUGACAGCUUUGAAGACAUCUACAAUUGUAUAGUUUAGGUAUGCAAAGAAUGACCAUUAAUUUUCUGAAGACCUACUAAAUACAGCCAUACAUUUACACCUUACCUAUUACUGGCUUAAAAAAGCCCAAAGAGGUGAUGGAGAGACAAAUUAUCUGACCUAGUCUCCCUGAAAAGGGGUAUAGGCAUCUCCUCAGUCACUGAAAAUCCUUACCUGUAUACUGAAUUAAUAAUACUUUUGAUGUUUUUAAGGGUGUACAGGUGGGGUCCUGUUUGUGAUGCCUGUGACACAGAAAUGGGAAACUAUUGUCUUGAAAUUAAGAGAGCCCACAUUUUUAAGUCAGUUGUUGGCACCAGCACCAUGUUGCCUUUACCAGCACCAUUUUUUUAACACAUUAGCAUUUUGUAACUGAUGUUGGUGACCCUGUAUAUUAUUGUAAUUCUGCACAAAUCCAGAGCUAGGAGAGGCUGGAAAUCAUGACUUUUGCACAUUUGAUAAGGUACACUUUCCAGUGUUGGAGGCUAGGCUUGUUUCAGUUUAUUUAAUUUCUUGGGAAUCUACCAGUAGUAGGAACUCAUUUGUACAUAAUACUGCCAGUAAUAUCUUGUCAUGAAAAAGUCAGAGGUUCCGUGCCUGGCACGUAUAUAAUAGUGUAACAUCAGAACCAGGUUUAACCCAACAUACCACUUUCCUGAAAGGCUUUUUGAACCCUGUUAAUAUUUAAAUGAAAAACACACUCUGAGGAUUGCCCCAUAUGCAUCAGCACACACAAAGGAAAGUUUUCUGACAUGCAGGGCUGCCUGAGUGAAUAUGGGAAGCAAAAGUAAAUUAUAACCUGGUAAAGGAAAACAUUAAUGGAAACCUAGAAUUGGGUUUAAAGUCGAAACCUUAAAAAAAGCCACAAAUAAAAUUUGGUAUAUUACCCUAACUGAGGAAUUAAAACCCAAUUUUUUAAUUUUAGAUUUUUCUGUCUGCCAGCUAAUUUUCAAUGCACAGA